AUGGAAGUAUUAAUAAAAAGUAACAAUCAAUUAAUAGUUAAAUUUGUUACUAAAUAUCCCAUUAAAUGUAUAAUUUUUUCACUUAUUAUAACUUUUAUAUUAUCAAUUUCAUUGUUAAAUGCUAAAGUUGAACGUGAUAUAGUAAAAAGUUUUUCUUCCUCAAAUUCAAAAGCUGAUAUAGAAUUAAUGAGAUACUUGGAAUUUUAUGGCUUUAAAGAUGUGCCCAAAAGAGCUUUUUUAUUAAUACAGGCAAAAGAUGGUGGAAACAUGUUAAGAAGUAAUAUUUUAAAAAGUGUUUUGAAAAUUGAUGAAAGGAUAACUAAAGUUAUUGAAAAAAAAGUAAUAGAUAAAGAGGAUACAGUAAAUUUAGAUAACCAAAAGUCAAUUAGUAAUACAAAUGUUAAUUAUCAAGAAAAAAAAAUCUCUUUGUGUCAUCCUUUAUGCAAUCUUAACCAACCAUUUCAUUUAUUUUUAAAAUCACUUAUUCCUGUUUUAGAAGGAAAAAAUAAAAAAAACAAAACACAAUAUGAUAUUAAUGAAAAUACAUUAACAUAUCCUCAUUUUAAAAUAAUGGGAAAUGAUAUUUUUAUAGGAUUAAAUUUAUUUGGGGUAUUAACAUCAAAUCAUAUAUUUCAAAAUAAUAGAUCAAAUAUACAAUUUGUUGAGACAAUAAUAUUAUGGUAUGUUUCAAGAUCUGAUAUAAAUUAUAAAACUAAUGAUUUUCAAAAUAUAACAUUACAAUUAUUUGAAGAAUCAACAUUACAUAAAAAUUCAAAAAUUAAUAGUGAUGUAGUAUAUGAAAUAUAUGGUGAUGAAAUUGCAAAUUAUGAAAUGGUUAGAGGUGCCAUAGAGGCAACUAUAUUAAUGAUUAUUGGAUUUAUUCUACUUAUUGGUUUUGUAACAUUUAUUUUUUAUACACAAAUUAAUCCCAAAAGAUAUGUUAUUUAUCUUGUUAUUGGUGCAAUUGCUUCACCUUUUCUUUCUGCAUUAUCAUCUUUUGGUUUAUUAGUUUGGUUAGGAUAUGAUUUAUAUGUUAUUAUGUGUGUAACACCAUUUAUGAUAUUAGCAAUUGGUGUUGAUGAUGCAUUUAUAUUAACAAAUUCAUUUGUAAAAUUAUCACAUUUAAAAGAUCAAAAUGUUAGAAUAUUUAAAGCAUUAUCAGCUGUUGGACCAUCAAUAGCAAUAACAUCUAUUACUAAUACUGUUGCAUUUGGUAUUGGAUUUUUUACACCUACAAGACAAAUGAGUUUAUUUUGCCUAUGUAUCUCUAUUGCUGUUAUGAUAGAUUAUAUAUUUACAUUUACACUUUUUCUUCCUAUACUUGUAUUAACAUCAAAAAAACAGGAUGAAAAUCAAAAAAUUCAGGAAAAAAAUAAAAUGGAGUUAAAUUUUAUUAAAAAAUAUGUUAAUCUUUUAUUUUCAUAUAAAGGAAAACUAAUUUUGAUUAUUUUAAUGAUAGUUAUUUAUAUAAUAUCAUCUUAUCAUAUUCUUAAUAUGCGUCAAACAUUUAUACCAUCAAAAGCUUUUCCUUCUGAUUCCCACUUAGUAACAUCAUUAGAAUCUAUUAGAAAAGUAUUUGAUAGUCAUUUUCCAGUUAGUAUAUUUUUUUCAAAUCCUCCAAAUAUAACUAAUACUAAUGAAUAUGAAAAUUUUUAUCAAAUGAUAAAUAAAAUAGAAAAUCUUAAUGAAACUUAUGGAAGAAAUAAAUCACUUAUAUUAUUAGAUAAAUAUGAAGAUUUUGAUAGAAAAACACAUAAAAUGUUUAAUUAUUUUGGAAUAGUUAAUAAUAACUAUAGUUUAACUUUAGAUAAUAUGAAAUAUUUUAUUACUAAUAUACUUAAGACGGAAAGACUUAAAUAUGAUGAAAAGAAUAAAAAACUUUUAAAACUUCAUAUAACAAUAAUGGCAAAAAAUAUGAGUGAAUGGUCAAAAAGAGCAAAAUACUAUGAAAAAAUUCGAAAUAUACUUGAGGAGUAUUCUGAAUUCAAUGGUACUAUAUUUGAUGCAGAUUCGGGUGUUUUAGAUAUGAUACUCAAUGUUAAAAAUGAUCUAAUUGGAUCAAUUACAGUAUCAAUUAUAUCUAUGGGUAUUAUUUGUUUACUCUUUAUCCCAAAUUUUAUGGGAGUUGUUUUAAUUGUUAUUACAUUAACCUCCAUUUGUUAUAAUCUUGUUGGAUUUCUAGCAUGGUGGGGAUCGGAUCUUGAUAUAAUAACAAUUGUUGAUGUACUAAUUGCUAGUGGUCUUUCUGUUGAUUACACAGCACACUUUGCUCAUAUUUAUUUUGCUUCAAAAGGCAGUUACAAAGAACGCCUAACUAAUACAUUAUCUGAAAUUUCACUGCCAAUGAUUAAUGCCGGUUUAUCAACAUUCCUUUGCAUGUUCCCCUUAAUAUUUAUUCAAACAUAUUCAAUUUUAGCAUUUGCCAAAACUAUUUUUAUCGUUGUUGGUCUUGGUUUAGUACAUGGAUUAUUUGUUCUUCCAAUAAUUUUAAUACUAGUACCAUUAAAUGAUGAAUUUACAGUAAAUUUUGAAAAUGAUACUUCUGAUCAAGAUAAUAUUAAUGUAACAUCUAUACAGCCAUUUAUAACUAAAUAA